UUUCACUCCUGAGAAUCGCGGUGCCUUUAAUUCUUGCACUUGCCACCGCGUCCAGCCCUCAGCUCUUUGUGCGUGAGCGGUUUAAAUCAGGUGUCGUGCGUCAAGCCUGAAUAAUGUGAGUCCAAAAAAAUAAAAAAAAUCCCUCCUCCCUUUGUUCCCCUGCAGUGGUUGUCGCCGUGUGUUUGCGCGUCAUGUGUUUGUGUAAUGACUGGAAAGAAGGAAGAAAACCCAGACGGGCCACAUGCGGCCACAGCUUCGGUGACAUCACAUCAUGUCAAGUCACGUCCCCUGCGAGGACGCACAGGAAAAACUCGUUUGGAGACAUUCUGUUUGUCAUCCUCCCUCCUGCUUGUUUUUCUGUCUUCCUCUUGCUCUUUCAUGCUUUCAAAGAACCAAGCCGAAUCUUCAGGUGGUUUAACCGAUUCUGCCUCUGCCAACCUCUGAUUAUGGACUACACUCAGUCCUUCUCGGCCCUCAAUGAGAGGCUGAGACCCAGAAUCAACGCCUCCAGUGAAAGGCUCUACUCCACCCUGAACAGGCUGGAGGGCAGACAGUGGAGUUCACUCAGGAGCUCACACUCAUCGUGCCGACCUUCAGUCCUGCCAGCAGAACAAGAACCCAAAGUCUCCGUGACUGUAACAGAACCAGAGGAUCCCGAGGAGCCUGAAGAUGAUGCAGAGCAGGAGGAUUCGGAUCACCUGGAAGAAGGACAAAGUGCUGGUCCGCUGAACUCGUGCCUCGUCGCGGGACUCAAUUUAAAAGAUGUCGGUGAGGACGAGCUGGCUAACGAGGACGGCAGCGCCUCACCGUCUGUGGAGAAGGACACCCCAGGUGAGUCCUCGCAGCCAGCAGCCGCUGAAGGUGGGAGCCCCUUCCAGAGGAGCUACGUGGACGGGACUUUACCAGACCUGAUCAGGAGCGGCAGGGCGCUCGGCAGACGCCGGACGCUGGGACAUGUCUCAGACACGCUUAAAGAAGUGCGCAGAGAGGUGGAGCUGUCUCGGAGACGAAGCAUCAAGCUUAAGGCCCAGGUGGACAAACUGCAGGAGAGCAGAGAGGGACUGGGAUGGAGCCAGCACAGAGAGAGGGUCACAGAGGAGGUUCUGUCCGUUUUGAGGCUCCUGCGCCCGCUGACCGAGCCAGAGUCCAGCCCACCUGAACCCUCUCCUGGGGACAACCAACUGGACGAUGCCCUGGCGCAGCUGCAGGCUGUGGCCCGUACACUGGCAAUCAGCCACACCAAAGAGGUCAAAGCCGGAAAAGGGCCAGAGGAGAGCGCUAUUCUCCAGCAGGCGCUGUACGACAGAGACGAGGCCAUAGAGAAGAAGAAGGCGAUGGAGGCCGAGCUGCUGCGGAGUAAAACCGAGAUGAUGUCGCUGAACAACCAGCUGCUGGAGGCUGUGCAGAAACGUCUUGAGCUGUCACUGGAGCUCGAGGCCUGGAAGGAGGACGUUCAGCUGAUUCUCGAGCAGCAGCUGCAAAUUCAGCAGCAGGCGGAGCAGGCCCAGAAGAAGCUGCCCCGCCUGGGCAUCCUGAGGAGACAUAACAAACCACCCAUCCAGCGGCCAUCCAACAUCCCUUCGUCUACGCCGACCCCGCCUACGACCAACUCGAGCCAGAUCUUCAUCUCCAGAUCUGCGGUUUCUGCUGCUCCGACUUCCAGCGCGUCUUCUUCUACGGGCACCCUGCGCUGGAGGGACAAGCUGAGGAGGGGCAGGACCGGUCGUCAAGGAGGCCAGGAUGCAGCGGGGCAGGAUUCAGAGUGGGGAGGGGGUGACAGCGGCUUCCAGGUGGUAUCACUCGAUUAAAGCGGUGAUGACUUUGCACUCUGAGUACACAUUCAUUCUGAUGAAGAACAGUAUGGAGUCCCCCUCCAGUCAGAAACGUGUCCUUAUUGUCACUUGGAUGUUUGAGCUUCGCUGUGCAGAACAACACUUGUGCUGGGUGUGACACGAGAACUGUUUUCACAUUGAUUUUUUGUGAGAUCACAGGUAGAUUUGAACCAGCUGGGGUUUAAUAUGCAGCUUACAGCUCUGCACAUAUAUGCAGAGAAUGGAUUUUUCACUGCAUUAGGAGACAUCCAGCAGCUCCAAGUGAACAGGAGGAAGGAAGAAAGGAAUUUCACCUUUUUUGUGGAAUAACCAUACAGGAUACUAAUUAUUAUUCCAAGUUGAGCACGUUUUUUUUUUUUUGUUUUGUUUGUUUGUUUUGUUUUCUGUCUUAGAACAUGUAUGGAAGGGCUCUUUAAGUAUUCUCAGGAAAGCAUGCUUUGACUUACUUACAGUAUGUAUGAAAUGAUCAUGAACGAGCCAUGUAGUUUCUUUAAUGUUAGUUGCCAUGUUGUAAAUAAAUUCUGUUCUUAUGUAGAAAAACAAAA